GGUGUUUCCGCUGCCUGCUUCGAUCUUGUUAUCCUUAGUAUUAAAAAUGCAAGAUUUGAUAUUUAGUGAUCUGUUUGUAUCGAAUAGUGAUAUUAAGUUGGACUUAAUUUUGCUUCAUUAACACUAAUAUUAUUAUUUUGCAUAUUAAGUUUGCACGAGUAACUAACUAAUUCAAGAAUUAAUUAAGUUUGCAUAUUUACUUGUACUACUACUAGGAUUUCCUUAAAUUGAUACUUGUAUUUUCAUUACAGAUCAACUUAUAGUUGUGCAGCCGUCAGACUUUGUUGUCAUAUUCACUUGAUUUUGCUGAAAGGUUAGUCUUUCUCAAUUUUAUUUAUAAAUUUAUUUGAUAAAAUUUAGGAUUAUAUAUGUUGAUUGAAUUUGUAUAAGCAUGAUUAUGUGUUUGUAUUAUCGCCGGUGGGGGAGAGGCGAAGAGCAUGAUUAGAUAAGCAUGUAUCUAGGUAGUAAAUGGAGAUUAGGUUGGGAGAUGACUGUGUUCCAUCUCAUUUUGUUGCUGUGGUGAUGGCUUGGAGCCGCGUAUAUGUUAUUUGUUUGAAUUUGUGUCCUUUAGGCAUUUGUUCGAUAACUUGGUAGAAAAUAAAAAAUAAGGAAUGUUUUUUUUAUCGACCCCUAGUAGAUUAUAUAAAUUAUGACUUUAUAUUCUUUGACUUUGAUGUGUAUUACUAUUUUGAAUAUGUAGUAUGUUAGACUUGGAUGUGUGUGAAAACUUAUUGGGAUUGUAGUAUGUGAAAACUUAUUAGGAUUGCAUUUGAAUGUUUGAAAACUUAUUAGGAUUGACUUGGAUGUGUGUUAUCAUUGGACUUUAGUUUGAUUUAAAUUAUCAUUGUUGUUAAAUAGAUUGAUUUCGAAAAUAUGUGUAAAUUGUCGAUAACAGGUGAAACUUAAAAUCUGGAUAAUUUCAAUUUUUUUUAAAUGAAUACCGACGGAUACACCGUCGGUAAUUUUCCGGCAAUCGCACGGCGGCUCCGGCACUAGUCCGUCGGUGUUCCGUCGGCGACAGGAUGAUAAAGUCGUCGUCUACUGAGAAUUGGGUGACGGACUUUCGAUCGUGGAUCCGUCGGUAAUUUCCGACGGACAACUUUAUCCGUCGGUGUAUUGUUUACCGACGCGUCUUUUAACGUCGAGCUGUCGACGUCGGCACUCCGUCGGAAUCUACCUUUACCGACGGAAAUUUGGGUUUUACCGACGGAAAAAUCCGUCGGUGAUCGCGAAUAAUGUUGUAGUGCUCGCACUCAGCACACUGUUAGAUAUAUUAACAUUUAUGGAGGUUCAUGGUGGUACGAAUCUCCCUAUUAAAUUUCACUAAAAUGCUUAAUCUAUUAGAGGAAGUAUGGGUACAUAUUCAAUCAUAAUUAGUAUCUACUCCUACAAGAUUAUUAUUAAAUAGAAAAUCAAAUACCUUGAGGUUGGUUCAAAUUUAAAUUUAUAUAACUUUUCUUUCGAGACUGAAAGAUAUUUGUUGAUCAAUAUUUCUAAUUUACAAAAAGUUAAUAGUUUCUUGUCACUGAAACUCCAAUUGAAACAACUUUUUGCUAAAGUUGUAACCCUCAUCCUAGAUAAUAGAUCACUUCAUAAUAUGAGAAUCAAUAAUUAAUCUUAUAAUUUAUAAAUGAUGUUAACAAUUUAAUCUUAUUAUGCAAUAUAAUCUUAUAAUUCAACAAUUUAAUCCUAAAGUUGUAUUAUAUGAUGUUAACAAUUUAAUCUUAGUUAUAGUUUAUUAUGUAAAUUAUUUAGAAUCAAUGAUUAAUCUUAUUUUUCAUUUUAAUGUAAAAUUUGCAACACAAAGAAGCAUCAGUCGAAAUCAUGGGAGUUUUGAACAUUUUAAUCAAAUUCAAAAUGGUAAUCACAUUUGCAAAAAAAGAUUACAUCUUAAAAAUUAAUCACAUCCCAAGCCCAUGAACUCUCUUACACUAACAAAGCCCAAUUAUGCAUACUAUAAAUACCCCAACUCACUCAUUCUAGAGUUUUUACUCACAAGCACAUCAGCGGCGCCCAACCUCUCCAAACCUAAAUCUUCAGAUCUUCUUCCUCCACCAUCAAUUUCAAACUUCUCCUCCGUCGCCCAAGAUGAAUCCACUAACCCACCCGCACAGCGCCCUGCCAAACCCACUGCCAUCUAACCACGGCGCCUUGUCACCGCAGUUGCACACCCUUCUUGAAACCAUAGAUAUUCUGCUGUCGUCUAGUGCCGUUGCUGUCAUCACCUGAGACGGUGACGUUCGACGCCGCCGUUGGCUCGCCGACACUAACAACUCGCUAGCGCCGCCUUGCUCAGAGCUGCUGCCACCGUUGGCAUCAGGACCUCGGCUGCCGCAACAACCCCAAAAACGUUGUGGUUCUACUUCAGAAUUGGCGAAGAACGAUAGGGAUACCUGCUGCCAAAACAAUUGGUUUUUAUUAACAGUUUUAUGUUACCAUCUCUCACGUCAAUCCUAAAUCUUCACCUUUCAUACGCACUCUCAGUUUCGCCACCUCCACCACUAUAAGAACCAAUUUGGCGCCGGCAAUCGGCUGUUUCGACCGCAAAAACCUCCGUUUUCUAGUAUUCAUGGCGGCAUCUCAGGCAAGAAACGCUGGGCUGCCGAUGAUCAAUCUUCUCCGGUUGAAAGGAGUGUCCAUUUUGCAGCAAUUGCAUUUGGAAGAGAGGCUGCUGCGGACUUCGUCUGAAAACUGGUGCAUCAUCAACGACGGAACAACCUGCCCCACCAUCGUCAUGGGUGUUUCAGGGAAACCUAAGGAACUUCUUGAAACUGAUGCUGUUCUAAGAGAUGAAAUUCCAGUCAUCCGAAGGUUUACAGGAGGUGGUACUGUUAUUGUUGAUCAGGGCACUAUUUUCGUAUCGUUUAUAUGCAACAAGGAUGCUAUUACAGGUUUACAAUCGUAUCCUCGACCUAUCAUGUCAUGGAGCAGCCUAAUAUAUAAGAACAUGUUUCAAGGAAUCGGGGAGUUUGGCCUUCGAGAGAAUGAUUACGUGCUUGGCAACCGCAAGUUUGGUGGAAAUGCUCAGUCUAUUACCAAAAAUAGGUGGGUUCACCAUACUUCCUUUUUAUGGGAUUAUGAGGUCGGUAACAUGGGUUAUCUGAAAAUGCCAACACGAGUUCCUGAAUAUCGACAGGCCAGGAACCAUGUGGAGUUUAUAUGCCGCUUGAAGGAGUUCAUGUCAAGGUCAGAUUUCAUUAAUGGAACCACGGAUGCAGUUGCCGCCUAUUUUGCAUUGAGAUCACCCGAUGCAGACGAUAUCCAGAAUCAUUCCUCUCAAUUUGAGCCGUCCAGUAAGCUAUUAACUCGACAGGAACUCGGAGAUGAAGCCUCUAUUGACCUCGUAGGUACCGUCUCUCAGGCGUUGUGAUAUAAAGCACUGGGGGAUGAGGUGAGGCUCAAUCUUUUCACUGAAUGUGUCUUAAAAAUAAUUUCUAUGGAUUUUAACCUUUUUUUUAAGUUGGGGGAUAGAGGGAUUGAGAUUAGUAGUAUGAUCAUCCACCCUUAUAAAGAGGGAAAAUACCAUUGAGAUACAAUGCUAAGGUGUAUGAAUUUUAACCCUUGAAUGGUAUCACACUAGAUUCCUUUAUUGUGUUGUGGCACUUCAUUUUGGAUUUGCUUUUGCUUCUAGAUAGUUUAGAAGGCCCACACAAACACAAUUUCAUGUCCCAAAACUUGGCUGAGACAAUUCAAAGAAUUUUUAUUAGUGUGUUUUGUUGAAUUUGAAAA